GUUGUAUAAUCAAAACUUAUUGAACUGUCAAAAAUAAUACGUGACCUGUCAGCGUGAUUAAUUUUUUCAGUUUUAACUUAAAUUACGCGAACGAAAUGGAUAAAAUCAAUGUGGGUGAUAAAAUUUUAGUCGUAACUGAUGACAAAGACGCUACAAAUACACAAAUAUCCAAUAAAAUUAAUAAAACUAUCGACAUAACCUUUAUUACUUCAGAAACUUUAACUUCAUAUGUAGAAAAAGAAUCGUACGAUUCAAUUAUUGUGAAAUCGAAAACUAUCAUAAGCGAUAAAUUAGGAAAUCUCUUUGAAACGUUAAAACCGAAAGGAAAUUUGAUUCUAUUAGAUGGAAAAGAAAGCGAUGAUGUAGCUUUAGAUUUAAAAAUCGCUGGAUUUGUUGAAGUUAAACAAAACGAUGAUUCAUUAGCUUGUAUCAAACCAAAAUAUGAAAUUGGAUCGUCUGCUAAAAUUACUUUGAAGAAACCCGUGUGGAAAUUAGAUGAUGUGGAAGAUGAUGAUUUCGUUGAUCCCGAUAGUUUGUUAGAUGAGGAUGAUUUAAAAAAACCAGAUCCAAGUUCAUUGAAGGUUUGUGGGACUACCGGUAAACGUAGGGCUUGUAAAGAUUGUAGUUGUGGGUUAGCUGAAGAACUCGCAUCUGAGAGGACUAAUUCAAAAGUUGUUGAUACAGGAAAAGGACCAAAAUCAUCUUGUGGAAAUUGUUAUUUGGGGGAUGCUUUUCGAUGCGCAGCUUGCCCUUAUUUAGGAAUGCCAGCUUUUAGACCUGGAGAGAAGGUCCAAAUUCCAGAUACACAAUUAAAAGCUGAUAUUUAAAUUAACUAAUUUUAAAUUAAAUUUUUUUCUGUAGCUUA